AGCAAACGGAAAAUCGUUUUUGAAUUUUCCACCCAUUCAGUAAGUUUCGGCCGAUGAAAGUGUUUUAAGCUUUCCGCGACGAUCGCGCCGUCCAAUUUCAUUAAAUUUAAAAUAAUCCUCUUUGCCCAGUUCUGUCCGCCUCAAAUAGAACUAGCUCAGUGAAAACGGAGGAAAUUGCACUUUCAGUUUCUUGAAAAUUUUGCAAAAAUUGAAGUUUUCUUACGCGGAAAAGUUAAGAGUAAUUGUGAAAGUUGUGGAAAUUGAAAAUUUACCGAGAUCCUGUAUUUUUGUGCUGUGAAAAUAUUACAUAAUAGAAAAUUUAAAAAAAAGAAAAAUCUUUAUUAUUUUUGGGUAUCGGAAAGUGAUAGGUAUCCUUCGAAAUUGCAGAAAAUCUUUUUAUAUAACACAAGCCCCAAAACAAAUAGUGUGAAAAGAUUAUAAAUAAUCUACCAGGAAAGCAGUUUUCAAUUUAAAAAAAAAAGUUUCCAUUUAGUGAUUUUCACAAGAAGAAAAGUGUCGCGUUUGAAACGAAGAAAUUCAUGUGUUUUUGACCAAGAGAAGGAGAGUGAAAAUUUUCUUCAAGUUAAAAAUAGGAAAAUUGGAUAGUGCCUAGUCCCGGGAUAUGUUCAGCUUUAGAUUGGAUUUAUAAUUUUAAAUUAAAAUAAAAUGAGUAAUUUAAAUGGAUUGCCGAGAACAACAUCGCCGAAACUCAAAUCCGGUCGCUCGAUGCCGCAAUGGAUGACUGAAACACACGAUCGAAUCGGGCCCAAACCACCUGCUGCACCCCCGCAGUCAAACGAUGCGCCACCUGCUUUACCACCCAAAAAGAGUCAACUGGAACCGGACUAUGAAGUGAUCGAGUUCAAUAGUCAGUACACAAAUGCAGCACCACGCCCUAAGACACCAGAUGUGAAGCGAAUCGAUGGUAUCAAGUGCACAUUGUGCGGAUCCAAUUCGGCAUAUGUCAAGUGUGAGGAAUGUCCGCAGCAGUACUUUUGUGCAUCCUGCGAUGACAUGUUUCACAGACAUCCCAAGCGCCAGACGCAUUCACGGAAGGCAAUCGAGAAGAUCCAGACUGUCAAGCCACCACUGCCACCCAAAUCAGACUCCCAUUUAGCUAAUCCACCGGUACCCCCACCCAGACGAAACAAAAAGGGAAUGCCCAGUCCAAUGCCAGUGCGCAAGGAACAGAUGAUGGGUGGGAUGGGAGGCGGAGGAGGAUCAAUCGGACCAGUAUCACUUCACCAUCGAGCUCCAAGUCCAUCGUCAUCACUUGCCGAUCGUAUGGCAAAUUUUCGACGUAUGGCACCGAAUCAUACAAAUCGUCCACUUCCAGACACUCCCGCUAACCAGGAACCUUUCCGACAAACAGCCUCGCCAAGGUCAACCACGCCCAAUAGUAUGCGAUCUACAGCGUUCGAUUCAAUCCAACGACCACCAUCGAUUGCUUUGGAAAAGAUCAAAUCAAAAGCUCACGCGACCCUCGAUCGGAUGGCAUUGCUCCAGCAAAGAUACCGCCAACACCAGGAGAACAUGCGCAAUGGAAAAGUUGGCGAUGAUUCCGUGGGACGUCGUUUGAGUAAUGCAUCUAAUUUCAAUGAAUCUCAGUUACACUUAUCAUCUGAUCAGUGGUCAGGACCACCUUCUCCCACUCGAAACCGUUCCAGUAGCAUAUCAUCUGGACUGAAUCUUGCUCAACCCCAUAAUAAUUUCGAUGCUUCACAUUUUCAUUUUCCCCACCAACAUCAGAUGGAUACCCGUCAACAGAUGAAUCCCCAAAUGCGUAGUAUGAGUACAUCAGUUUUCAAUUUGAAUCAGGUUGGUGGACAGAGAUAUCCUGGAGGUUGGAGUCCAGCACAACAGAUGAAUCAGGCACAAUCUAUGGCACAGUUGAAUUGCCAAACUUGUCAACCAGGAUGGAACCAAAGCGGAGGUGACCCAUGGGCAGAAGGAAUGCGAAUGAACAGCUUCAACGGCUCUAACAUGAGUUUAAACCUUCCACCAAGCGGUUAUUUCCCGAAUCAACAUCCCAUGCACGGUCCACCGCCAACAUGGGCCAAUAAUUGGGGUCCACCUCCCAUGUAUCCAUACCCGAUGGCACCAAUGAUGAAUCCCGCUAUGAUGCCUCCCGUUUACCCACCAAGAUCACGUGCCCAUUCCCGAGCCACAUCAAGGGCAGGUUCACCCGCACUCAGUAUCAAAUCAAGAAAAUCAACGAAAUCAACACGGUCAAAACGGAACAGCUAUGCCGAGCAUGAGGCAACUGACGAUGAAGACUCUGAGGACGAUCAUCGAUCCUUGCGAUCUGGCAAAUCAGGUAUGACCAACACCUCGCGGCGACAACGAAAAGUUUCAUCUACAUCUCAAAGCUAUGAUAUGGAGGAUGAAAGCGAAGGAUUCAGUCAUUCAAAACAACGUACUGCUCAGCGAUCUAGACGCGACAGUAGAGAUAGUCGCGCAGGAUCUACCGGGAAGCCUUUACACAAUGACUGGCUACCUGGGCGUAGGAUUUCAUCAGCAAACUCACAUCAAGAUCGACUACCAAGAAAAACAGCGUCUGAUUCGCCUAUGACACAGGACUCUGAGUCUGAACCGGGAACAAGGGCGAUUGUUCAGGCGAAAAUACAGGAGAAAAUGUCAAAACAGAACCAAGUAUCCUCUCCGGCUCAAUCAAAAGCUGCGCAAUCAUCUUCUUAUGAUGAAGAGGAACCUCCAACACCUCUCAGAAACAAAGAACCUUCGCCGGAACCAGAACCAGCUGUGGUUAUAAGCUCUCCACGUGAACCAGAACCCAGAGAAGAGGUGCCCAAUAAUGAGGAAGACAUACAAUACAUUGAUGACGCUCCUCCAGGGCCACCUCCAGAAGCGCCUGAUUACGACUGGGAAUGCGAAUUUUGUACAUUCUUAAACGAAGCCAAUACAAGGAUUUGUUCAAUUUGCUGUAAAACUCCGACGCAGCAACCAUCAAAGCCUACUGUUCCUGAAAAUCCUCCAGCUACUCAACAACCUCCCAAACAUGAGCCACCAUCCCAACAGGACGCAGUGACCACGAUCACCAAAAAAGCUAGUUCUAUGAAAAUAUCAGCCUCUGAAGAAGAUUCCGAAGAUCCCAGAGGAACUAAGAAUAAGAAGAAAGGACAUCAAAAUAUGUCCCUAGAGGAUAUUUGGGCUACAAUUGAGAAUGAUAUAAACGAUGCAGCAUAUGCAACGGUACCUACUAAUAAAAGAGAUGGUGAAAUCAUUACAGCAAAUACUUUCCAGAAUAAAGACAAUCCACCCCUUAACCGUCAUGAAAAACAAUCGUCUAACCGCUAUAGAGAUCAGGACGAUGACAGGAUGAGUGUUACGAGUCAUAAAGUGUCCACAGCCUGUGGACCCUCACCCCCUAGGGAGGUGAAACGAAAAGUUUCAACAGCGGUUUCGACCGGGACUUCACCACCACCGCAAAGUAUAUCGACUCAGACAUACGAACCACUUCCUCUUCAGCUUGACAGUGAAGGAUCUAGCUACCGCUCGCAACCACGAUCCUAUUCAAUCGCCGCACCGGGAGUUCUACCCCGUAAAAAUGAGGCACGGACUAUGAGCAGGCAGAGCCUGAUAAGCGACAGUCAAAGCCUACCCCCAACACCACCACGCCACGAUAUGAGCCCGUUCAGUACCAGCCAAAACAAAUACAACCAAAAUGCAGGACAACUAGAUGCUGAAACCUUAGCUUAUUUGGAUCGAAGCUUACAGUACUUCAAGGAUCUACAAUUUAAUCAAAAGAGCGAUCGAUAUCGAAGUCAUAGUGAUUUGCGAAAAGAAGAUUUAUACUCGCACCAGCAAAAAUCAUCAAUUGCUGAUUAUCUCAACCUGCAAAAGAAUUACAAUGAGCCACAAUUCGAUUCCUAUGUCUCACGUCGAAAGGACUCAACUACAAACCUAAGAAGCUCAGAAAUGGAACUAGCCCUCCUUUUGCGGGAAGCUGAACAUUACAAAUACACCGCCGAGGAGCUUCAAGCCGCCCUCAAGCAUUGCGGUGAUCUCCAUCCUAUCACUUGGCUCCGUGAAAACUGGUCCAAGCUCAUACAGACCGUCCAAACCCUGGCAACAAAAUACGGUCAAGAACGCAAGGAAAACACCAUUGGUACCAUCUCAUCCAUAGAAGCCCGAGAGGCCUUGCGAAUCCACAAAGGAAAUGUCUGGCAUGCCGUGACCGAAUGUAUUGAGCAGCGUCAAAAGAAGUAUCGUGAUAUUGCCGAUCGUGGAAACUAUUCGAGGGAGGACAUCGUAACAGCUCUGACUGCACAUCAUGGUAAUCUCGAGUUAGCAUUAAUUGAUUUAGGGAAAAGUCAAUUGAAACCAUUUCUCAUGAGAAUCUGGGGACCACCGACGGGAGUUGAAAACGAAAGUGGAAAUCCACUGGGCUUGGGAACAGAGGAUGAAACAACGAAAUUUGAGAUUAAUCCAUCAAUUCAGGAGUUCUUAAACGCCAAUGCAGACAGUAUCAGAUUGCCACAUUUAGGCGAGCAAACAAUGAAGUUGUCACCGUCCAACUUUGCAUCACUCACUAGUCUAUCAACAUUCAGUUCAGAAAACAAGGAUAAUUUCCAAGAACCAGCUGGAAGCGGACGAAGCUCACAAUACACAAGCAACCAAAACCUCUUGAAAGACAUCGAAACACUCAUUGGAAAUAUGGAGCUUAACCAAGCAAGACAAAACGAAGACAUGCUCAAAAAUAUUGAGAACAUGCUUGGCAACCUCCUGUCCCGUCAAACAUCUCGCCCUGAAUCAGCGGAUUUAGAGUUCCCAAGUCUUGAUAGGAUCGUUGCAAAGAGCCCAAUAGUUCACUCACAAAAGACCAAUAAGAGCAACAGGGAAGACAUCAGUAUUAAGAAUUUUGUUUCGAAGCAUAUUCAGGAUAUCAUACCCGAUCUGGUAGAGCAAGUUGAGAAGGAACUUCAAGAGGACAACGAAGAUAUAAUCGAAAUAGUCCAGCAAGACCCAGAACCAUCUGAGCCACCAGAACCACCGGCACCUCCAAUUAGUCAAGACGAAUACAUCAUGGAUGUCAUAAUUACCCCAAAUCUGAAAUACACAAGCGUUCGUGAAGCCUCUCCCACGGUUUUAGUGGAAGCCGGUAAUGUUGAUGAAUUUAAAUAUGAGCCGACGAAUGAUGUACAAGUUGUUUUCGAAGAAAAUAAACUGGAAGAAUUCAAAAGUGUCACAGCUGAGACUCUUGAUAUUCAUGUGAUGAAACAACCUGUGAAAGAAACCCCGAGGAAGAAAGAGCCAAUUAGGCAGCCAAAAAAAGGACGGGGUGGCCAGAGAAAACAGCAGACUGUGGAAGGUCACUCAGUUGAACAACUGGUAUCACCGUCUAAGUCAAACUCUGAACCUGAACCUGCUGGAUUGUCCGUACAAUUACCAGAUACUUCAAAUAAGGUAACUCAAUCGCAGGAGGAAACAAAACAACCUAUUUCUAGCCUCAAUGUAAGCAACCAGACAGCAGAUAACAGAAAAGUCGAAAUUCCAGCAACUUCAUCUGAAGUUUCUACAACCAAUUUCGUGCCUGUACAGACUGCCGUCACUGCUGAGGUUCCGACUUUAGUAGCAGGAAUGAAUCCUUCCCAAGCUCCCAUACAAAACGUCGGAGAGCAACUUACUUCCUCUUCAAGUCUAGAAACAAAGGUUGACAGCCAGACUUCAUCAACUGAACAUACAGUCCAUGCUCCACCUACAAGCAAUAAUGCUCCUUCAUCAACCAGUAUUAAAAAUAGUCAGCAAGGACCCUCUGCAAUCAAAGAUAUGCCAAUAGAGAAAUCUGAACCAAAGCCUGUUGGAAACGCCAAUGAUGGAUUGACAGCAAAUAGCAAAGGACCAUCCACACAGGGAAAGACAAAUAUCAAGACUUCCGCCAAAAAAUCAAAAAUUCCAGUGCGAAGUCGUACCACCAGUAUUACAAGCCCAGUCCCACCUGAAGACAAACCAACAAAAAUAAGUACAGCAACUAUUAUUCUACAAGUCCCUCAGAACCAAGCAACGCAGGACCAACAAAGCCCAAAUGCAGAACAAAUAUUAACUGAGUCAACACAGAAAGUGGCGGUAAAACCAGAAAUGCAGCCACAGGCAGCCUACGAACCCAGACCUAGCAGUGUUGCAGAAAACACUGUGCAACAGAAUCCGAAUACAGUCGAACAAAAUAUUCAAAUUAUCCAAUCUGAUCAACAUCAACAAACGAUUCCUCCACUGGUUUCGCCAGUAACCUCGUCAGAGCUGGUAGCAUCAAUGGAUUCAAACCAAACCACAUCGUCAGAGCUCAAAUCAGACCCAAAUAUCAAUUCAGGAACAAACUCAGAUGAGGAACUUUACAGCGGAAUUGAAGACAAUGAGGAGACAUCGGAAGAGGAGCUCUAUAGCCUACCCUCUGACAAUGAGGAGAUCCAAGACAGCAAAGAAGUAGAAAAUGAAGCAAACACAAUCGGUACUGAGCCCAUUCAAAUGACUGAACAAACAACACUUGAAGAAACUCCACCCGGAGAAACAGCAUUUGAAGAGACAGCGCCUGAAAAAGCUGCUCCGGUAGAAUCAGGACCUGAAGAAAACGCGCCCGAGAUGAUAUCUACUACUGGCAAGGAAGGAAUUAUUAUCCCUGAAGCCGAUCCUCCAGAUGAUAUUGGAGCCCGCUCAAUUGACUCAAGCGCAGAGCAAGCAACACCGCUGCCACCUCAAGAGGAGCCUCCACUAAAACUCUCGAUUCCUUCCACGUCUACUCCAUCAUCCUCUUCCGGAGUACAAAACCCGCCUAACACAUCAGCCUCAUCAAACGAGCCUUUAACUUUAGAAUCACCCAAAUCCCAGAACCUUUCUGCCCUCGUCGAGGACACACAACGUCUUAUCAAGCAAAUGAAAGAAGAGAUCAAUUCAGAUAUCGCAUCAUUUGUAUCAGAUGGUGAUGGAUCUGAUUACUCGGAAGGAUACUCAGAUGAGUGGACCGAUGAUGAUGAAGAGGAUGACUAUUUUGACGAAGAACUGGAUGAAGAAGAGCUUACCGAAGAACAAGAGGGAGAAGAGUAUGAUGAGGAAGGAGAUUGGACUGGUGAUGAAACUAUUAAUGAAAAUGAGGAGCAAGAUGAAACUGAAAUACAGGAAAAUGAUAUAACAGAAGAAGUGGAUGGAGCAGAGGACAUACCUAUUUCACAGGAUACAGUGGAUGCAGAACUGAACAAUGACGAGGAGUUAAUUGAAGGGAAUUCCGUAUCAGAUAACCAACAAGAAGCUGCCGAAGCUUUACAAGAAACAAAUAGAAACGAAGAGAUAACUCCAAAUGAGCCAAAUCACAAUGUAGAAACGUCAGUCCCCAAUGAACCCAUCUCAGCAGGUGAGCAAACGCAACCAGAGCCAUCAAAAUCCUUACCCGAAGGAGGUGACGAGUUACCCUCUGCAAAUGUCCAGCAAGUGCGUAACCAUGAGGAAUCAACGGAGAAUACAAUUCAAAAAACUGACGUUGCAGAGGGAACCCUUGUAGCUGUUAAGGAGCCCCAACUUGUAGUUCAGGAAACUGAGCAGCCUGAACCUAUACCUGAAAACUCCGAGACCGAUCAAACAACAAAUAUGAACCUUCAAGUCAAUAUUAGUGAAGUUACUCCGCUUCCUCUUUCGGAAUCUAGUGCCGAAACAAUUACAGCGGAACCUACUCCACAGCCCACUGAAGCUACCCCACCAACCCUUGGCCAACAAGAUUCUAUGCAAAAGCAGAGCUGGCAAUCUCAAAACCUUGAGUUGCCUAGUCAAGUUUCACAAGCACCCAACCAAACCAAUCAGGAAGUCCUUACAGAAAAAGGCACUUCUCAAUCACAAGACACUGGGCUAUCCAGUGAAAGCUCCCAAACGACUUCAAGCAGCCAACCGCCACCAUCAGAACCUAAUACUUCACCGAAGGACCAAGAAAUUGUCCACAGUCAUACGAGCGAAGUUCAACCCUCUACAACGAAUGUGGAAACCACUACUCCGGAAAAUCCACCACUUCAAACCCACCCAAAUCCUCCAGCCGAUGCAGCUGAUACACAAAAUCAGUCAGAAACUGGUGCCAAUGCUAAUAUAGAAAUUCAACUCAACGGUAACGACUUAAAUUUGUCAGAAGGUCACCCAAUUUCCCCAGAUGAUUUAUCGUCAAUUCCUUACGCGGAUCAAUCGGAAAACGAGGAUAGUGCUCCCACGACAACUAAAACAAACCAAAUAUCACAGAAGCAAAUUGCUCCAACUAGCGCAUCUGAAACACCGCAAGGACAAUCAACGACUUCUUCAAAAACUAUCUCCAACCAAAACUCCAAAACCAAAGCUCCAUCAAAAGACCCUGCUCCACCCGCUGCAACGCCAAUUGUUAAUGUGGAAGUGGUGAAACAAAAGAGCUCAACCCCAUCUACCAGGCAAAGCACCCCGAAGCCCAAUAAAAUCCCCGUUCGAAAAACAUCUAUCACAGGACCUCCUCCCCCAAUCCGCACUGGAUCAAUCCGAGCAAUCCAACAAGAGCUACUCAACAAACAAGCACAAGAUCUCCCAAAAAUCUCACGCGGAGUUAAACCAUCAAAGUUGGUUCCUCCGAAAAUAAUCGGCAAAUCUGUUAUCAGCUCGGUUACUGAAACAAUUUCGAAACUGAUCAAGCCGCAGGACAAUAAGCCAACGACUUCUACGAAAUCUUCACAGAAGCUACCAAAAAAGAAAUACCAUGAGACUUGCUUCAGUGAUGACUAUCAGUCUUCGUCCGAAGACGAAAGGACACAACGAACUAGGAAGCAGAGCGCUCCUGGGAGAGUAUUUAAAACCUAUCAGUCAUUGGAAGAGCCAGAGCCGAAGGAGCAAAUCAUCAAACGAGUUAUCGAGGAGAAGCUAGUCAGUAACAUCCUAGAAGCGGAGCUAGCUGCCGAACUCAUCAGCAUGAAAUUUCAGCAAGAAUCUGCCAUUUGGGCUGCAAAAGAAUGCAGUAAUCUCGAACAUGCAAUUGCACUCCUUCAACAGGAAUGUGAGCUUUGCACAGGAACAUACCCCAUGAAUCAGAUAGUGUCAAUGCUGAAAUGCACCCAUCAAUGCUGUAAGGAAUGCGCUAAAAAUUACUUCACUAUUCAGAUCACUGAUCGCAGCAUCACCGACUGCAAUUGUCCAUUCUGUAAAACACCCGAACUUCAUGAUCCUGAUAUAAAUGAGGACGACAUUUUGGAGUAUUUCUCUAAUCUUGAUAUCUUUUUGAAAAAUAUCGUUGACGAGGAGGUCCAUGAAUUGUUCCAAAGGAAGAUUCGUGAUCGGACACUUAUGCAAGAUCCCACGUUUAAGUGGUGUGUUCAGUGUUCGUCAGGAUUCUUCGCUAGGCCGAAACAGAAGAGGUUGAUUUGUCCAGAUUGUGGAUCAGUCACUUGUGCACAGUGCAGAAAACCGUGGGAAAAACAACACGAAGGAAUAACUUGCGACCAAUUCCAAGAAUGGAAGGAAAACAACGAUCCUGAAAAGCAAGCAGAGGGAGUGGCCUUACAUCUUAAACUGCAUGGAAUCGAUUGUCCUAAGUGUAAAUUCCGAUUCUCCUUAGCCAGAGGGGGAUGCAUGCAUUUCACAUGUACUCAAUGCAAAUAUGAGUUCUGUUAUGGCUGUGGAAAACCCUUUAUGAUGGGGGCGAAAUGCAAGGUGUCACCGUAUUGUGCCAAGUUAGGAUUACAUUCUCACCAUCCCCGCAACUGUUUAUUCUAUUUGCGUGACAAGGAGCCGCACCAACUGCAGGAGUUGUUGAAAAUGUUCAACGUAUCUUAUGACACAGAACCACGCGAUGCUUUACCCAUUACGAACUCCGACGGAGCAAAGGCGGUGAUAAAGUGUCCUAUUCCGUUGCAAAAAGAAAUCCCUACAGGACUAGUAGACACCGUAUGCAGUGGAGAUGUACAAGACGGACAUGCCGGGCUUUGUCGAAAUCAUUACAUUGAGUAUCUGAUCUUUUUAAUUAUUGACAAUAAUAUCGAUCCAAUCGAGAUUUUAUCUACUGAUGAUCUUGAAAUUGUGAUUAAGCGUGCCAGCAAACGCAUACCACCUCGUCCUUAUGGUAUGGUCGAAGGAUUGUACCGAAGGGAAUUGCUUAAGAUUGUCAAGGAGCAAAUACCGAUGACCUAAUCCCAAACCGAAUGGUUCGAAGCGGAUACAUUAUGUGCGUAACUCAACCCUUGCAUAGACUACGGUCGAAUUGAGUUCAUUCUAGGCCAGAGGAUUCUGCGCGUCGC